AUGGCCUUUAUCAGCUCCCAGGACGGCUUGUGGGAUACACUGAACUCGUUGUGGAACGCUAUGGUUGGGUUUAUGUGGUAUAUGACUGCGUUGCUGGCAGUUUCUGGCAGUGGUGGAAAUGUCGUGGCGGCUCAGUACCUUCUGGGAUUGGGCGUUGCUGAUAUCACUGGCCCGAUUGUGGAAACCAACAUGAUGGGCUAUGCAUCUCUAGCGCAAACGGAUACUGGGCUCCAUAUGCGUCAGUUCAGCCGUGUGUUUAUCGUAGCUGAUGCAUCAGACCCUUCCAGUCGAAUUCUGUUCAUCAACUCUGAUAUAGCCAUGGGAGAUUCAGGUGUUAGGCGCUCGAUCGUCGCGGAGUUGUCUUCCUUGUACCCGGGCGUCUACACGAACGAAAACAUAGCGCUGAUAGGGACUCAUCAACACUCCGGUGUCGGGGGGUAUCUGGAGAACCUCCUACCUCAGAUAACUUCCUUGGGCUACGUUCCUCAGACAGCGGAGGCUAUCGUGAGCGGCACGGUCCUAGCAGCGCAGCGUGCUCAUAAUAGUUUGGCGCCCGGAAGUUUAAGCCUGGGAAACACCACUAUUUUGGACGCUAAUACCAAUCGGUCACCUUCCGCGUACCUGAACAACCCCGCAGAGGAAAGAGCGAGAUAUGAGUAUGACCAGGACAAAGAUAUGACGCUCCUACGUUUCGAUGACGAAUCGGGUACAGCGAGAGGUUUCUUGAGUUUCUUUGCUGUCCAUGGAACGAGUAUCUAUGAAAACAACACCUCUCAACCUGAUGCAAUGCCAGGCAACACGUCGUUCGUUGCUGGGUUCACACAAGCCAAUGUGGGCGACACCAGCCCUAACACUCUCGGCGCUUUCUGCGAAAGCCCAGGAAAAGAUUAUGAUGGUCUAGCUUGCGACUUCGAUCACUCGACUUGCGGUGGGACCGUGCAAGACUGUCAUGGACGUGGCCCGGGAUUUCGCGUGUCUGAUUUCGAGUCUAAUAGAAUCAUCGGUGAAAAGCAGUUCGAAGGAGCUCGAACGAUCAUGGAAGGCUCCUUGGCGCCCGUGAGUGGAGCUGUGAGAAGUGUGCAUGUUUACAUGAAUAUGGCGAACCAUACAUUUACCUUGCCUAAUGGAACUACUGUGCAAACGUGUCCCGCUGCUAUGGGUUUUUCUUUCGCGGGCGGCACCACCGACGGACCCGGCGCCUUUGACUUCGUCCAAGGAGAUAACUCGUCAAAUACGCAGAAUCCCUUCUGGGAGAUCGUUAAAGGCGUCGUGACACCCUUACCAUCUCAGGCCCAAAUCGCUUGUCAGAAUCCUAAGCCAAUUCUAUUGAACACUGGGUUACGCGCAUAUACCAUACGAAUGGUCCCCCAGCUCAGUCGACAUUCAGAUGCUUCGCGUUGGGAAUUUUGUGAUGCUCAUCAUGCCAGGCAAGAAAAUUCACCCGCCACCCAUGUUAACCUUAAGCUAUUGUUAUUGAUAUUGUAUUAUAUCACAGGUGAACUGACAACUAUGGCCGGCAGAAGAAUUCGGGAGGCCAUUCGGGCAGAAUUAAUAUCUUCGGGCAUUUUGGGCUCGAACGCGUAUGUGGUCCUCGCCGGCCCCGCCAACACGUAUGCGCACUAUGUGACCACCCGAGAAGAGUAUGGUGCACAGCGGUACGAAGGUGCUUCGACGAUUUUUGGGCAAUAUACACUUGAGGCCUACAUCGACAAGUACACAAGUCUCGUACCCUUUUUGGGUCAGUCGCCGUCGGGAACGCCAGCCUCCGAUGCAGCCCCCGCCGAACAAACCUCCAAAGCUAUUUCUUUACAAACCGGUGUCGUUUUCGACGCCGCCCCGAUUGGGAAGCAUUUCGGUGAUGUCCUAACUGACGUUAAGGCUUCAUACGCGGUUGGGGAUACUGUCACAGCCCAAUUUGUUGGCGCCAAUCCGCGGAACAAUCUGCGACUCGGAAGUACUUUCCUGACGGUCGAUCGCCAGGUCUCGGGCCAAUGGGUGUCCGUCAAGUCUGAUUCUCACCCUUCCACCACACUCAAGUGGAAUAGAACGAGUACUAUCCUUGGCACCAGUACGGUGGACAUUUCAUGGACCAUUGAAAGUGGGACACCCGCUGGAACGUAUCGCAUCGUUUAUUAUGGUGACUCCAAGCCGCUGAUUGGCUCUAUUUCUUCAUUUUCCGGGAUCUCGUCAGCCUUUACAGUCUCUUAG